UCUGCAGCAUGCCAACGGACACCAGGAGACAGAGCUCAUCCCUCACCAUGUGAACCCCAAACUCUUCAAUGGAGACGCGUCUCCCGCUGCGCGCACGCGCUCAUCCACGCGCUCACACGGAGACACGGAGGUGCUGCGGCGGACGAUCGUCAUGAUGUGUUUUUGCCGAGCCCCCUCCCUCCUCUCACGGUCAUCAUCAGGCUGAAGGAGCCCGCCAGGAGCCGCUAACCCGUGAUAGAUCAGGAUAGCCCGCGAGGAUAACCCGUGAUAACCUGUCUGAUCUGUAACCGAGCCACCAUGAAGUUCCCCUCCGAGAACCCGCGAAAACCAGGGACCGUGAAUCCCCCACCAGUGGCGGUCCAGACCAAUCUGUUGCCCCCUAAGAAGGUACAGCCUGGCAUGCUUCAGUCCAGUCUGGUCCAGGCCAGCGUGGCCACCAUGCAGAACCCAAUGGGAUGUGCCGUGCCACGGCUAUCUGUCUCUUCGCGCCCACCUAGUGUGGUGGCCAGCAUGGAGGCGGUGGCUGACGGCUCAGCACCCUUCACCAUGAUGAAGCUGAAGACGGUGCUGGCGGUGUUCGUGGUUGUGGUGCUGUACUUAAUGGGAGGGGGACUGGUGUUUCGGGCACUGGAGCAGCCGUUUGAAAACAACCAAAAGAUCACCAUCACAGCAGAGAAGGCUGCCUUCCUCCAAAAACACCCGUGUGUGUCACCAGAUGAGCUGGAGGCACUCAUAAAGCAUUCUGUGGAUGCAGUGAACGCUGGUGUGAGUCCAAUUGGUGACACGUCAUAUAACUCAAGUCACUGGGACUUGGGCAGCUCCUUCUUUUUCGCUGGGACAGUCAUCACUACCAUAGGUUAUGGAAACAUCGCUCCAAGCACAGAAGGUGGGAAGAUCUUCUGCAUCCUGUAUGCCAUAUUUGGUAUUCCUCUGUUUGGCUUCCUGCUGGCGGGUGUUGGUGAUCAGCUGGGAACUAUUUUUGUGAAAAGCAUCGCAAAGGUGGAGAAAAUGUUCAGAAACAAACACAACCAGAUCAGUCAAACAAAGAUCCGUGUGGCCUCCACCUUGCUCUUCAUCCUGGUGGGCUGCAUCCUCUUCGUCACCAUCCCAGCCGUUAUCUUCAAACACAUUGAGGGCUGGUCGGCGCUCGACUCCACCUACUUCGUGGUCAUCACGCUGACAACUGUGGGAAUCGGGGAUUAUGUGGCAGGUGGUGACCGUCGCAUCGAGUACAUGCGGUGGUACCGUCCUCUGGUCUGGUUCUGGAUCCUCGGGGGUUUGGCAUACUUUGCGGCGGUCCUGAAUAUGAUUGGAGACUGGCUGAGGGUUCUGUCCAAGAAGACCAAGGAGGAGGUUGGAGAGAUUAAGGCUCACGCAGCGGAAUGGAAAGCCAACGUUCGAGCAGAGUUCCGGGAGACGCGGCGGCGAAUGAGUGUGGAGGUCCACGACAAGCUUCAGCGUGCUGCCACCAUCCGUAGCAUGGAGCGGCGGCAACUGGGACUGGACCAGCGUGCCGUGUCACUGGAUAUGUUGUCCCCAGAACGGCGGGCCAUCUUCAACAGCCUGGAUACCAACAGCUACAAGACCUCCUCCCAGGAGAGCAUCGACAUCAAGCUCAACAACCUCCGCCUGCGAGGGGCUGAGCACUGUGACCGCCGCUCCGACCACCAGACCAUGUCUGAGGACAACAUCUUCAACCGCCUAGGCUCCGUCAGCAAACUCACUAAACGCAGUCGAAACCGAGAGCUGAAGAAGAACAUCCCAGAAGAGUCCCGCCGACCUCACAGCGAAGCCUACAGCUGCGGCACACCCACCUUUGAAUGCAGAACACCAUCGGCUGAGGAAGGACGGAGGAAGGACGAGGGAGAGGAGGAGAUGGAGGACAAAGAAUGCAACACCAGUUUGUCUGAUUUCCCACUGUUUGUGGAGGUUUGUAAAGCUCAGAACGGGUUUAACAUCGUGACCAAAGAGUCUGAGUCUGAGAAGAAGCUUCAAACACCAGAGCUGCACAUGGACAUGGACCCGUAGACCAGGAGGGCUU